GCUUGAAUCCUGGUCGUGAUUCUCGGCCGUUUUUUGCCUUAUGUGUUAGCUGAAGAUGCUGGUCAAUGAUGUUCAUAACAGAUCGAGACGAGGAAUAGCCGAACAACGCGGCAACACCUAGCCGAUCAGUCAAUCCAGUGCUCACUCAGACCAGGCAAACAACAUGUGAUAUGCAAUCUCGUUGUCAUGCAUACAAUUUCAGCACUGCAGUAGUGUCUUCGCUCACAUCCAUCCCAACUGACUCGAACCCCUGCCGGCUAAAUUUGGAAGAAACAAACAAACGUCAAAGCCCUUCACCGUCACCACCAACCUACGGUAGAACCUCAUGAAACGUCUGAGCGGCGAUCGGAUUGACACUAGGUCAUGGCUCAAACCCCUGGAUCCGAGUUGACCGAGGACGAGCUCUGUCGUGCGGACCAGCAUCAGUGCUCAACUUCCUGUCACUCAUGACUCUCGUCGUGAGAGCUCUCAACUCAGCUUAAAAGGAAGCUCAUCGCCGGCUUCAAUGUCGAGUUUCUUUUCCAGCAUCAACAGUCGUUCUAUCUGCUUAUUUCCUAGUAUCUCUCUUUUCUUUUUUAUUUCCUUAUUACUUUCGUUUCAGAGUUUCUCUUAGUCACUCGCUACUAUUAUCAACCACUCUCGCUUUACAAGCUCAAGCAACUACAACUACAACAACAACUACAAAUCUUUAUUUUUUAUUAUCAUCAUCCCAACACUCGUUUAACGCCAUGCGUUUCUCUGCUGGACUCAUCCCUGCCCUGGGAGCUCUUGCUUCGCUGGGCGAAGCAACUCCUACUUUCCUCGGUGGUGGAGCAUCAGGCUCUGCUGGCGGCGAGAUCUCAGGUGGUGCUGACGCCCAUCUCGGAGUCGGAGCCGGUGGUAGCGCUGGUGCUGGUGCAGGAGCCGGAGCUGGUGGUCACCUUGGCGGUAGCCUCAGCGGUGGAGCCUCCGGUCAUAUCGGAGGUGAAGCUGGAGCCGGAGCUGGUGCUGGUGCCGGCGGAAAGGUUGGUGCUGGCGCUGGUGGCAAGAUCGGCGGUGAAAUCGGUGGUGAGGUCGGCGGCAAGAUUGGUGGAGGUGCUGGCGCCGGUGCCGGUGCCGGUGCAGGAGCUGGUGCUGGUGCUGGCGGAAGUGCUGGCGGUAAAGUCGGUGGCAGCAUUGGCGGCGGCGCUGAAGGCCACCUUGGAGGUGGUGCUGAAGGCGGUGCUGGUGCUGGAGCCGGUGGAAAGAUUGGCGCCGGCGCUGGCGGCGAGGUUGGUGGUGAAAUCGGUGGUGAGGUUGGCGGUAAGAUCGGAGGAGGUGCUGGUGCCGGUGCUGGAGCUGGCGCUGGAGGUCACCUUGAGGGCGAUAUCAAGGGUGGCGCUGGCGGUAAGAUUGGAGGUGGUGUUGGAGGUAAGAUCGGAGCUGGCGCUGGCCUUGGUGCUGGCAUCGGUCUCGGCGGUCUCCUCGGUGGUGGCAUCGAGUGGAACGCCGGCGGUGGUGCUGACUGGUACACUGGUACAUCCUGCAGCAUUGGCAACGCCUGGAAGGAUCACAUCCUCUUCCAGGGCAUCUGCGCUCCCGAGACCUCAACUACUCCCGCUGUUAACCUGGGCCUGAACCUCCCCAGCUGCCAGAUCACUGGUGACAUUGGCUUCGCUUGCGGUGCUGACUUCCUCACUACUCCCAACGUUCGUGUUGGUCUCGGUGGCAUCUCUGCUUACAUCGAGAUUGAUCUCUCUGCUUCCGCUGCCGUCCACCAGUCCGUCGAACUCUUCACUGCCCCUAAGCUUGGCAUUGCUAUCCCCGGCCUUGACGCUGAGCUGAAGGCUGCCAUUGAGGCUGCCAUCGCUAUUGAUCUCGUUGUUGGCUGUGGUAAGGCUAUCGACCUCUCUGCUGGUGUCUAUGUCAAGUUCCCCGAGUCUGCCUACGUCGACAUCUCUCUUCUCACCAAGGAGGUCAUCCACGCUUCUCUCGAGGGUCUCGUCACCAAGGCUCUCCCCGUUGGUGUCGGUGCCGAUGUCGAGCUCGGUGCUGGUAUCGAUCUUCAGCUUGGUCUCCGUCUUCGUUCUGAGCUCAGCAUUGGCGGCGGUCUCGAGAUCCCUGUUCUCGGUCUCGGUGGCAAGGCUGGUGCUGAUGUUGGCUUCGGCGCCGGUGUCUGGUUCUCUCUCUUCGACUACACUGCUACCAUUGGCGGCGGUGCCGGUGCCAGCGCUGGUAUUGAUGUCACUGGUGAGUUUGGCUGCAACCUUGGUCUCGCUAUCGACAAGAAGUUCGACUUCAGCGGCGGUCUCUUCGGUCUCAUUCCCAACCUCUCCGUCGGUCUCGCCAAGGGCAUCAAGUCUACCUUCUCCCAGAAGACCCGCGGUACUUGCGGCAGCUUCAUCGGUCACUUCAAGAAGGGUGGCUUCAUCGGCGGUCCUACCAUCUCUGCUUCCGGUGCUAUCACUGCUACUGGUGGCGCUUCUGCCGACAUCACCAUUCCCGCUGGCGUUACCCACUCUGUUGAGUUCUCUGGCUCCAUCGGCGUCCCUGAUGUUUCUGCCUCUGUCGACAUCCCUGGUGCUUCCGGUGAUCUCACUGGCUCCGACUCUCUCCCCGUUGCUACCACUGGUGCUGAAAUCCCCUCCGACUCUGCCUCAUACGAGGCUCCCGCUGUUACUGCCUCUGGUGACGUGACUGGCUCUGCUGAGCUGCCUGUUGCCACUGAUUCCGUUGAAGUUCCUGCUGGCUCUGCUUCUGGCGAUGUCACUGUCUCUGGUGCCAUCCCCACUGGUCCUGAGGGCGUUCCCACUCACACCAUUCCUGCCGGUGGUGAUGUCACUGCCAUCUUCGGUACUCACACCGCUGGUGCCACUGUCACUGUCUCUGGUUCCGAGGGCUUCACUACUUACAUCUCUGGCUCUACUGGUUUCACUACCGUUGUGUCUGGCUCCGAGGGCUACACUACUGUUCUCUCCGGCUCUGAGGGUGACUACACUACCGUUGUCUCUGGAUCUGCUGGCUUCACCACUGUCGUCUCUGGCUCUGAGGGUUUCACAACUGUCGUUUCCGGAUCCGAGGGCUACACCACCGUCGUUCCUGGCAACUCCCCUUCUGCUACUGGUGGCUCUGACUACAACCUUCCCUCUGGUCCAGCUGGUGGCAACACUGGUGCUACUUCCGCUGGCAACGUUCCCGCCGAGUCUGGCAGCCUCCCUGCCAGCACUGGAUCCGCCGACUCCGACAAGCCUGCUGUUACCACUGGCUCUGGAUCUGAUGCUGAUGAGACCUCUGCCCCUGCUGUCACUGCCGCUCCCGAUGCUUCUGGCAUGAUCACCAGCACCAUCCGCGAGACUCACGUCUACACCAUCACCUCUUGUGCUGCCUCUGUCAUCAACUGCCCCGCCUCUUACACUCAGAAGAUCGUCACCCAGACUGUCAUCGAGCGCACCACCGUCUGCCCCGCCACUGCCACUGCUGUCCCUGAGACUCCCGUCGAGGGCGGUAACGGUUCCAACCAGGGCGGUGACUCCAAGCCUGGUGAGGGUUCUGACAACGGUAACACCGGCUCUGCUCCCGCUCCUACCUCUCCUCCCGAUGCUGCUAAGACCACCAUCGACCUCGUCACCAUCACCCAGGACGUCACCACCAUCAUUCCUUGCACCAAGUUCGUCACCAGCACCUUCGUUGCUCCUACCACUAUCCACGCCCCUGCUGCUCCCACUGUCACCAUCAUUCAGGGACACACUGGCCAGGCUCCUCAGCCUACUGGUACCCAGAAGCCUGGUGCCUUCACCACCCUCACCCGGGUCCCGGCUACUGCCACCGACUCUGGUGCCUCACCCACUGAGGGCUCUGAGCAGCCUGCCAACCCUCAGGCCCCUGGUAACGCUGGCCCAGGUGCUCAGCCUACCUACAACGUUCCCUCAAACGGAACCAUCACUGGAGGCAAGCCCUCCCCCACUGACCAAGUUCCCGUUGUUGCUGGAGCUUCUCUUGUCAGUGCUGGAUCUAUGCUCCUCGCACUUCCUAUGGCCCUUGCCUUUGUCAUGUAAAUAGCUUAAUACCGAGAGCCCUUUGGCUUUUAACGGAUAGAACAUAAUGCAUAUGACUUCAAAAGUUUCUUUCUUAUUCUUCGAGAUCCUUUCACCUUUUGACUCUUGCGACUGCUUGCACUUGACAUCUUUGCCUUUGACUGCUGAACAGUCUCUUCGCG